AUGCCCCUCCAUGCUAAUGUUGCUAAAAGAGUUAUAUUAAAAGAGUCUGAAGCAUUAAUUGAAUUAUUGAAUAACUUACCUAAUGAUUUUAGUAAAGUAGUAGAGCAUAUUAUCAACUUUAAAGGACGUAUUAUUUUAACUGGCAUAGGAAAAAGUGGGUAUAUUGCCCAUAAAAUAGCAGCAAGUUUUGCUUCUACUGGUACUGUGGCCUUUUAUUUACAUCCUGCAGAAGCUAGCCAUGGAGACCUUGGGAUGGUAACGGAAGGUGACCUACUAUUUAUGUUGUCUAAUUCAGGAGAAACAAGAGAAUUAUUUGACAUAAUGAAAUAUUGUAAGAGGUUUUCAAUCAAAAUAGUAGCUAUGACGAUGAAUGCAAAUUCAACGAUAGCUAGUAGCAGUGAUUUUUUGUUGCUAUUACCAAAAAUUAAAGAGGUUGCUGAUAUUGCUGCGCCUACAACUUCUGCAUUAAUGAUGUUAUCCCUUGGCGAUGCAUUGACUACCGCAGUACAUGAAGCACGCGGUUUUUCUGCAGAAGAUUUUUAUGUCUAUCAUCCUGGUGGCAAAAUUGGUACAAAUCUGAUAAAAGUAGAAAGCUUAAUGAGAAUAGAUGAUCAACUACCUUUGGUAUACAACAAAACCUCUUUUACGGAUACAAUAUUAAUUAUGAAUCAAAAAGCUUUGGGGUGCGCUGUAGUAGUAGAUAAAGAUUUACAGCUCAUUGGUAUUAUCACAGAUGGAGAUUUACGCAGGCAUAUUAAUGACACAAUAAAGAUGAAAUAUGCAGGUGAUGUAAUGACUAUUCACCCACAACAAAUCUCACCCGCUAAAUUAGCAGCAGAGGCGUUAGCUAUAAUGAAUAGAGUUUUAGUGAUUUUAUAUUUUAUUUAUAUAAAUUCAAAACCCCCAGUUAGCACUAUUGAUCUUCAACAAAAGGAAAAUCUUCCCGAAGAAAAAAGUAUCGGUACAGAAGAGCAAGCUGAUUAUGCGAUAAAAAUUUUAAACUCUACUUUUAAUGGAGUUAAUGAGAAUCUAAAUCCCUACCAAAUUAGCACUGCUACGGCUAUGAGAACUGUAGAUAAUAAUUAUUUAUUAGAAAAAAUUGCUGCUAAAUACAAAAUAACUAAUGAGGAGGAGUUAGUGGUAAGCGCCAAAGAUGGUAUAUUAAAUGAGAUAACGCAAGUAUUAGAAUUACAAAAUAAUGUACAAUUUCUAUUAGGAGACGGUAUUUUAACAACCCCAAAAGCUCAACUAAAUUUCUUAGAUAGAGAAGCUUUCACGGGAAUAUUAGAAGGAGUUUGGGUAAUCAAACCUGGCAUAUGGCCUCCAACCUCUAUUAAAACCUUUGAUCCCUUUGAUAUUCCUUUUAUUAAUACAUUAAUACUUUUAUUAUCAGGCACAACUGUAACUUGGGCUCAUUAUGCUCUGGAAGAAAAUAACCAAAAAGAUUGUUUGCAAGCUCUUAAAUAUACUAUAUUACUAGGAAUCUUAUUUAGCUUAAUGCAAGGGUAUGAAUAUCAUCAUGCUGCUUUUGGCUUUAAAGAUGGAAUAUACCCUUCUAACUUCUAUAUGGCUACUGGUUUUCAUGGAGCCCAUGUGAUAAUAGGGUUUGAAUUUGCUGCUUGGUACUGGCAUUUUGUCGAUUUAGGAAUGGAUAAAAUUUGCUUCAUGGAAGAAGCUAGUUUAAAUAGAGGUAAAAUUAUGAAGGAUAGAUUCUGUGGGGAACAAUUUGAUAACACUAUAAUAUGGCGUCUGCUUCUUGUAUUCUGUAGUAUUGCUCUGAUUAUCACAGCAAAUGACGCUCUCGCUACUGCUACUGAUAAGGAUCCGGUUGGUACAGUAUUUUGCAAUUUAGUUAAAAUAUUUCGUGGUAACACAGCCAGAGGUAUAGCAAUCGUAGGGGUAGUUGUCUUAGGUAUUCAAACCCUUAGAGGACAAUUAAAAUGGGAAGUAGCUUUAAUAAUUGUUACAGGAAUAAUAAUAUUAUUCAAAGCACCGGACAUUGUAGAUAUGGUAGCUGGAACUAAUACAGCUGCAUCUAAAUGUGGAACUACUACAAUAGGAACAUAA